UACGAACGCAACGCUUGUUGACCUCUGAAAUAUCGAUGGAAUAAACGAUUUAUAAGUUUGUGAAUAAUUGAGAAAUUUUGUGAUUUUAUGGUGUUAUAAAUUUUUGAAUAGUGUUGGGUUUGUGUUCAAAAUGUUGGCAUCAUCGACUCUAUCGACGAGCCUGAAUCGUCAUUCGUUAUCGAGUAUGUUCCAGAAACGAUCUACAAGACCCACCAUGGUGACGGGCCGUCCAGAGAAGCCACUGCCAGCUCUGUCGGCGCGCCCUCCGCCCCCUACAGCGAUAGUGCCCCGCGCGGCGGACGGCCCGCGCCCUCCCGGUUGGAACGGUCAGCCGCGGCGACACGGCUCCAGCAGGUUUAAUGUACAGCAUCACAAUCAAGAGCUCGUCAAACUACCGCCAAUUAAAGAUGCGCCGGCGAACGAGCGGGAACAGCUGUUCGUGCAGAAGCUGCGCCAGUGCUGCCUGCUGUUCGACUUCGCGGACGAGCCGUUGUCUGACCUCAAGUGGAAGGAGGUGAAACGCGCCGCGCUGCUGGAGAUGGUUGAGUACGUCACCUCGCAGCGCGGCGUCGUCACCGAGGCCAUAUAUCCGGAGGCUGUUAAUAUGUUUGCGAUCAACUUGUUCCGUACAUUACCGCCGUCGUCCAAUCCUAACGGUGCGGAGUUCGACCCGGAGGAGGAUGAGCCGACGCUGGAGGCGGCCUGGCCACACCUUCAGCUCGUGUACGAGCUCUUCCUCAGGCUGCUCGAGUCUCCAGACUUCCAGCCCAACGUCGCCAAGAAAUAUAUUGACCAGAAGUUUGUACUACAGUUACUAGAUCUGUUCGACACAGAAGACCCUCGCGAGCGCGACUUCCUCAAGACAACGCUGCACAGGAUAUACGGCAAGUUCUUGGUGUUGCGCGCAUACAUAAGGAAACAGAUUAAUAAUGUAUUUUAUAGGUUUAUAUACGAGACGGAGCACCACAACGGCAUCGCGGAGCUGCUGGAGAUCCUCGGCUCCAUCAUCAACGGCUUCGCGCUGCCGCUCAAGGAGGAGCACAAAUUGUUCUUACUCAGGGUAUUGUUACCAUUGCACAAAGCCAAGUCUCUGUCGGUGUAUCAUCCGCAGCUGGCGUACUGCGUGGUGCAGUUCCUGGAGAAGGACCCCUCGCUAACGCAGCCUGUUGUCAGGGCGUUAUUAAAAUACUGGCCAAAGACGCACUCGCCCAAAGAGGUGAUGUUCCUGAACGAGAUGGAGGAGAUCCUGGACGUGAUUGAGCCGGCUGAGUUCCAGAAGAUCAUGGACCCGCUCUUCCGCCAGCUCGCCAAGUGCGUCUCCAGCCCGCACUUCCAGGUGGCGGAACGCGCUCUAUACUACUGGAACAACGAGUACAUAAUGUCAUUAAUAUCUGACAAUGCGACACACAUCCUGCCCAUCAUGUUCCCAUCACUGUAUCGCAACACAAAGAGCCACUGGAACAAGACCAUCCACGGCCUCGUCUACAACGCACUCAAACUCUUCAUGGAGAUGAACCAGAAACUGUUUGAUGAGUGCACACAACAUUACAAACAAGAGAAACAAAGAGAAAGGGAGCGGUUGUUGUACCGAGAGGAGUUAUGGUUGCGGAUAGAGGCGUGUGCGGCCGCCGCCAAUCAGAGCGCAGCGCUCACGACCCCGCCCACACAGCCGCAGACCACGCCCCCAACGCACUCCGCCCCGCCCCCCGCAACACACCCCACACAUCUCGGGAAUAACACAGAUAGUGCGCGUCGGAUCGAUCGCGAACAGACUGAGACAAGAAAGCCAGUAUUCAACAACAGCAGUAAACCAUUGAUCCGCAAGAAGUCAGAGUUGCCCGCGGACACGGCGACUGUACACGCGCUCGCUGAACACAAGCGAGCUGACGCAUUCCUCUCCACACCACCCGACGUAGAUCACUGCUAGCACUCGGACAAACUAAUAUGUACUUUAUAGCAAUUGAGUUAUGACACAAAUUUGCCCGACUGAUGCUGUCAAAUCCAUCGUAGUGUUUGGACAAGCGAUAAUCAGUUUUAUAGCUAAUGUAUUGAUGGUUCAAAUUUGUCCGACUGAUGCUUCUUGAUAGCUGCGUAUCGCGGACAAGCGAUUAUCAACUUUAUAGCUAUUAAUAUACGGUAAUUUAUUGGUAAUCGAAAUUAUUAAGUCGAUUACAUGUUGAAUGUUAAUAUAUUUAAUAUGAGUGCCAGUAAUGAGUUGCCAUUCAGGUAAUGCUCGACUCAUGUUGUAAUGUAUUUGUUAAAUUUGUACUUAUUUUAUACAAACUAUUCUAAUGUGUGUAUGGAUUUCACGUAAAAAAUUAAAUCUAAAAAAGGAGUUUUUUUUUUUUUUAACUGAACCACAUCUUGAAAUAUGAAUUUUAAAUAGACCAUAAUUAAUAUAUGGCAACUCAACGCAGACAGACAAAAAUUAAAAAUAAUUUAACAAUAUAAGGCCCACAUAAUGUUCACAUAUGUCAUCUUUUCUCGCAGCUUUCAGACCAAAAUCUCGAAAUAAAACAUAUUUUUAUCCCUGUCAUUUUGACAAAAUAGAUAAUAAUGUGUUUUACACAAAGAUUUUGGUCUUAGAAACCAACGAUAAAUCGAAUACCCCGCUUUUUGUUAGUAUUUAAUUUAAAUUUACUGUAUGACACUCCGAGGCAGAAAACUAAUUAAAUGAUACCCCAAAUGUCAUAGUGAAAAGGACAUAAAUAUAUUUAGUAAAGAAUUUGCUCGGAAACAGAAAAAUGCAACCAAAAAAACAGAGGGUUUUGGUUUAUAAAAAGUUCCUUUCUAUUUAGAAAGUUAAUUAAAUAAAUGAGCUUAAUAUCCUCGCCGAAAGAUUGUGAAUCUCGACAGAUUAUAAAAUAUCAAUAUAGUGCGACAAAUUUAUUUGGCUCGGUGACCAAAAGUAACACUA